AUGACGAUUGCACACUGCUUCAACUCCAUCAAGGUGGAGGCGGGCUGCUGGGUGCUGUACGAGCAUCCAAACUACACCGGCAGCCAGUACGUCAUGAGCCCCGGGGAGUACCCUGACCCCCACCAGUGGAUGGGGUUCAGCGUCAGCAUCCUGUCAUGUCGCUCGAUCAAAAAUGUUUACGGAAAGUCCUGGAAGAUCCGCUUCUGCGAAAAGAAGGAUUUCGAAGGCCAGGCGGCGGAGUGCGCCGAGGACUGCGAGUCGGGCUGCGAGGCCUUCAAGUUCCAGGAAGCGCACUCCUCCGCGGUGACGGACGGCGCCUGGGUCCUCUACGAGCAGCCCGACUACCGCGGGCGCCAGUAUUUCCUGGAGCGCGGCGAGUACCGCAGCUACACGGACUGGGGCGCCACCUCCCCCGCUGUGGGAUCCUUCCGCAUGAUCACGGAGUUCUAG